GGGAAAGGGAGCGCGCAAGUAGAGGAGCUAAGCUGCAGGCCACGCCCCCCGGGGCCCGCGGGGACCGCCCACCACGCUGCCGCCACGCCCAGAAUCAGGCCUGGGAAGAGUGUUAGGAAGUGCUCCCAAGAGAAGUCUUUGAAAAUGGCAACCCAAGUUUUUGGGGGGCUCCGAAAGCAGCUGAACUUGAGAAAACAGUCAUAUCAAGGAAUCCUUGGAAAAUGUCUACGUAGGAUCCUGAAACCAUCCUAUUCCAAAUGAGAGUAUACAUUUUCCUGUGUUUGAUGUGCUGGGUAAGAUCUGCCUCUGGAAACCACCAUUCUACUUUCUCUCUGAAAUCAACUAUUUUGGUCAUUGAAACUAAGUUGAUCAUCAUGUCUGACUGUUGAGUGGCCAUCAUCUGGACUGACUAGUGCCUAGCACAACUGAGGAAAUAAGCUUUUCCACACCUGUCUCAUCUUCUAGCUGGACAGACCAGGGUUGUUUUCAUGUGAUGGCAGAGGUGUGGAAGUGUAAGUCGCCUGGUACAAGUCCAUUUCAAGCCUCUGCUUCCUUCAAGUCUCUUAAGGAUAUUUCUCUCUUUCAUGGAACUCCAAACGAAUUUCUAGGAAACCUCUUGGGCCAUGUAACAGCUACCUAGAGUUGGAGUGGGUCAGCAGUUUGGAUUCAUUGAUUGCAUUUGGCCCUUGUCCAAGUUCUGCUGAUAAGAUAAGGUGGAGAGAAUAAAAGACCAUGCAUUGAAUUCUCUCAUCUAAGUGUAAAGGAUUCCUUAAAAGAUUUGUUUAUUCCCAGAUUAAAGAUAGUUCUGAUGAUGUAUACAAGGAACAACCUGAACUGUGCUGAGCCACUUUUAGGGCUCAAUAACUCACUCAAUGUUAAUUUCAACACACAAAAGAAAACAGUCUGGCUGAUUCAUGGAUACAGACCAAUGGGCUCCACCCCAUCAUGGCUUUCAAAUUUUGUAAGGAGUUUAUUGCAUAAAGAAGAUAUUAAUGUAAUUGUAGUAGACUGGAACCAUGGUGCUACCACUUUUAUUUACAACAGAGCAGUUAAAAACACCAGAAAAGUUGCUGAGGCUUUGACUGAGUACAUUCAAUACCUUUUGACACAUGGAGCAUCUCUUGACAAUUUUCACUUCAUAGGCAUGAGCUUAGGAGCUCAUAUUAGUGGUUUUGUUGGAAAGAUAUUUCAUGGUGGACUUGGAAGAAUAACAGGUCUUGAUCCUGCUGGACCAAAAUUUACUGGAAAGCCAUCAAAUAGUAGAUUAGAUUACACUGAUGCAAAAUUUGUAGAUGUCAUCCAUUCUGAUGCCAAAGGUUUAGGUAUCCAAGAGCCAUUGGGACAUAUAGAUUUUUAUCCAAAUGGAGGAAAAAAACAACCUGGAUGUCCUAAGUCAAUUUUUUCAGGAUUGGAAUAUAUUAAGUGUGACCACCAGCGAGCAAUUCACUUGUUCAUGGCAACUUUGGAAACAAACUGCAUUUUUGUUUCAUUUCCUUGUUCUUCAUACAGAGAUUACAAGGCUAGUUUAUGUGUGGACUGUGGCAGCUUUAAGAAAAACUCAUGUCCUAGGCUAGGUUAUGAAGCUGAGCUAUGGAAAAUUGGCAUGAAAGGAAGAGUGGAAGGAUGGCCUCAUAGGACCAUUGUGUAUUUGGAUACUAGUAGUGCAAGUCCAUUUUGUACUUAUUAUUUUGUUCUCAGUAUAGUUGCUGUGGGUGAAGCUAUGAGUGAUGGCUAUAUUUCAUUUAGAUUAUUGAACCAACUUGGAACCAUUGAAAAUCCAAGGCUCUAUGAGAAGAGCAAACCAUUUUAUAGACUUCAAGAAGUCAAUAUUCUUGCUCAAUUUUUCACUGAUAUUGUAAAUAUUUCAAGCAUUGGUUUGACGUAUUUCCAGACCUCAAAUAUACAAUGUUCCACAUGCAACUACAGGAUCCAGAGUCUCAUGUUAAAAUCUCUCACGUACCCAGAAAGACCACCACUCUGCAGGUAUAAUUUUACACUUAAAGAGGGAAAAGAAAUAUUUCUUAAACUACGUGCAUGUACAGCAAAGAUUAUUUAAACUCCUUCUCCCAUCAACUGUAAACUUAUUUUUGAAUUAAAGAACUUUCAAAUUAGAAAAAUACCAGCAUUCUUUCUUUUAGAAUGCAUUGUUUUUAGAAUCGAGAAUAUUAAAAAUAAAAAUGCAUAUGAAAAAAUAUUCUGAAUAUAUUCUAAAGCAAUUUAUUGCUCUUUACCUCAUCUACUUCCUAAAUCAUAGAUUUACCAUUGAAUGUUUACCUCAAUUUGUUAUUUUAGUAAAUAUGUUAAAACAUUUUCUAAAGGAAAAAUGGUGAAGAACUUAAUAGGUCCCUUCUAAUCAAUAUCAUUGUACAAUUCUGCAGUAAUAAAUUAAUUUUUAAAAAAUUUAUAAAUUUGGGCUAAUGUAAUCUUUGUAAAUAUAAAUACUUGGUACUUUCGGUAAAGUUUUGUAAAUAAAGGAUUUGCUAGUAUGAGCAUAAUAAAUAAAUAACAUAUAGGCCUCUAAACUUA